AAGCGGCUAACAUUAGGAAAAGGCAAAAAUCUAAAGUAGCAAAGGUUGACAAGGCAGGAAGAAAUUCCGAAACUGACGAUGACUGUACCAAACAGACAGAAAAUUCUAGCAAAACCAAAAAAACUAAAACUGAAAGUAAUAACGGCAUGUUUAUCCCGUUACAAGGGAUGCUUGUUAAAAAAGGCACAUACGUGAAAAAUGCGCAAAUAAAUCUAACGGACAAUGCGGACAAAAUCAGCGAAAGCAGUGAAAAUGCAAAUCACAAAAAACCGGACAGUGAAAAAAUAGAUACAACAGAAAGUAGCGGUGCGAAUAAAGAAAAGAGCGAAAAUGAAAACACCAACAGUGUGCGCUACACAAAUAGGCACAAGUGCGAUUUUUGUGUACUAGUGGACACUUCUAAAUCUACAAUGAUCGAAAACGACAAAAUGCGAAAUGGUCUCUUCCUGUGGGACAAAAUAAAAAACUUUAAUAUUUUAGGAAUAAAAAAAAUAAAAGCAAUAGGUAGGUCGCUUUAUAAAUUUUUUUUUGAAAAUUUCGAAGCAGCAAACAAAUGCAUAGACAACCCGGACUUACUCAAAAAUAAUAUGAGACCGUUCAUACCCAAAAGCAUGGUGGAAACCACCGGAGUAGCGAGGCAAAUUCCACUUAAUUUCACGGAACAGGAAAUAAAGAACAAUAUAGUUUCAGACAUACCGAUCACAUCAAUUACAAGGAUUACCAGAAGAGACCCUAAUGACAAAGAAAAAUUCAUCCCGACGUACUCUGUAAAGAUAGCCUUUGAAGAAUUAGACACUGCUAUAACUGCGGAAGAUUAGGCCACA